AUGAAGAAAAUAAAAAGUAAUUCCACUGUGUCGAAACUCGGAGAAAGCGCCUACAAUGCAUUGGUUUUAACUAAUCAGGUUAGUGGAGACGACAAACGCAUUCUGCAGUACAGCUACAAUCUGGUGAGCGACACGGAAAAAGGUGAAUUUUCGAGGUCGUUCGACGAUUACAGUUGCGGGAAAUUGAAAAGAAAUAGUUCGAUGUUUCGAUCAGAACGAACGAUACCAAACUCGCCAAGCAACGAAGGAAAGCAACUCCCAGAGAAGAAGAAAGUCUUCCGCAGUAUCAGUAACCCAAUAACGGGUCGACGCACUUAUGGCAUCGAGGCAGAGAAAGUUUCAGAACGAUAUAAAGUUAAGGAACGAUUCCCUAGCGAUGGGGCGACGCCAGGCGUUGGCGAAGAGGAUUCCUCAUCACGCGUUUUGGAGGCAACGAUCACGGAAAAUCCCGAAACGAUAAAGAACGAUUCUCGGGUGCUCUCACGCGAAACUCACGCGCGUAAAAUAGGGCUCGGCGAAACAACAAACACUUCCAUCAUGAGUCACAAGCUCAGAAAAAAAGGUGUCUGCGAUACUACAGAUAAUUCACAUUAUCAAAGGCAGUUUUUGCGGGUCUUAAACAAGCGAUUCUAG